AUGUUCCGGUCCAAACGGGCAGGGCUUGUGCGGCGCCUUUGGAGAAGCCGGCUCCUCCCCGACGGUGGUGGCGGCGGCGGAGGAGAUGCGGGCAAGAGCAGCAGCCUCCUCGGGCAGAGCCAGGAGCCCGGGAGCGGGAGCGAGGCCAGGCGGCCGGGGACCUGCGGAGGCGCCGUCGAGGAGCCGGCGGCGGGAUCCACGGUGCGCGGCGACGGCAGCGGCGGCGGCGACCUCCUGGCGGCGGAGGAGGCGGCCGAGGCAGCGGCGCAGGAGGCGGAGAAGGAAGCCGGCGGGUGGGCUCCGGAGAGCGAGGCCCAGACGGUCGGCUGCUGCCUCUUCAAGGAGCGGCCCUUGGACGGCGCCUCCUGCCUCGACGGCCGCUCCCGCCUGACUGCGGCGCCGCCGCCGCCGCCGCUGGAGCAGGAGCUGAAGAGCCUCACCUACUCGCUCCUCAAGCGCCUCAAGGAGCGCGCCCUCGACAGCCUGCUGGAGGCCGUCGAGUCCCGCGGAGGGCUGCCCAGCGCCUGCGUCCUGGUCUCCCGGGCCGAGCUGGAGGUCAGGCUGGGCGGCCGGCCGGCCCCGCCGCAGCUGCUCCUGGGCAAACUCUUCCGCUGGCCGGACCUCCAGGGCCCCGCCGAGCUGAAGCCGCUGUGCGAGUGCCGGCGCUUCGGCCUCCCCGACGGGCCCACCGUCUGCUGCAACCCCUACCACUUCAGCCGGCUGUGCGGCUCAGAAUCACCUCCACCUCCUUAUUCCCGGCUGUCUCCAAAGGAUGAGCAAAAGCCAUUGAACCUUUCAAAUUCCACAUUGUCCUACACUGAAACGGAGGCUACAAAUUCACCCAACAUCAUCGCCAGAGACUUUUCUGAUGCCAGCAUGUCGCCCGAUGCCACGAAGCACAGCCACUGGUGCAACGUGGCCUACUGGGAGCAUCGGACCCGUGUGGGUCGCCUCUACACAGUGUACGAACAGUCCGUCAGUAUAUUUUAUGACCUACCUCAAGGAAACGGCUUCUGCCUCGGACAGCUCAUCCCGGAGAACAGGAACGAGACGGUGCAGAGGACUAGGAACAAGAUCGGCUACGGGAUUUUGCUCAGCAAAGAAGCGGACGGCGUGUGGGCUUACAACCGAAGCGAGCACCCGAUCUUCGUCAAUUCCCCAACGCUGGACAUUCCCAGCUGUAGGACCUUAAUUGUGCACAAAGUGAUGCCUGGGUAUUCGAUCAAGGCCUUUGACUACGAGAAAUCCUGCCUCUUGAACCAUGCCCCUGACUUGGACUACCCAGAUGGACCCUACGACCCGAACAGCGUCCGGAUCAGCUUUGCGAAAGGCUGGGGGCCCUGUUACUCCAGGCAAUUUAUCACCUCUUGUCCCUGCUGGCUAGAAAUUUUGCUCAACAUAAACAACAGGUAGCUGUUGCAUGCUGAGGAGCGAAGCCCCGAGGACCCCAAAUAUCAUCUACCUAGAUUUAAUAUAAAGUUUUAUAUAUAUAUAUAUAUAUAAAUAUAUAUAUUAUACUUGUAAUUAUGGAGUCAUUUUUAUAAUGUCAUUAUUUAUGUACGGUGCAAUGUGUAUAUGGACAAAAAAUGGAAAAUGCACUUUGGCUAAAAGUCUUUCAGUAGUACAGUUGUUGUUUUUAAAAAAAAAUGAUGGAAAAAAAUAUACAGCAAAUAUUGGAGUAUUACCAGGAUUUUGGCUGUAUAGUUUUUUGUUUUUUUUUAUAGUAAUAUCCAGGCCAAAAACUAG